GAGCCAGGCAAGGGGCGGGCACCAGAGCCUGAAAAUGGGGCAAGGGUGGGGGCCAAGGCAAGUCCCGAGCUGGCAAAGAACCAAGAAGGUCACAGGCUCAGGGCAGGGCCCCAGGUGUCUCUGAGGCCCUGGAGAGGGUGCUGACCUCUGAGCUACCCGUUUCUACUUACUCUCAGGUGUGUCGAUGCUCCUCCCCUCAGCAAGGGCUGGUCAGGCCUACCGGUGGCAGGUGAGGACAGACCGAGACCGCUUCCUCCGUGCUGCUGUUUGGGACUGAGGCCAAGUCAACAGGCACACUCCCCACCCCACCACAUAGCUGUUCCAGUCUCAGCAGCCAACUGAAGGGAGCAGGCCACCUUGCUUUGGCCACCUCUAGGCUGGGAAGCGGGUGCCUGUGCCUUUAAAUUCUCAGCAGGUUGAAACGGCUGGUGACAUCACUGGUUCCCGGGUGCUGAGGAGCUGGAGCCGGAGCCUCAGGGUGCCCGGGCUGCUGGGGGCUGCAGACAUGGAGGGCCAGAACAGCAGUGGCAGCAGGAAGCUGGGGGCCCGGCCUGGCCUGGGCCCCCUGCCCAUUCCCCAUGGGGUUUCCCAAGCUGGGGCAGCCUCCAAGGUGGAUUCAAGUGUUCAGUUCCCACCAAAGAAGAAUGCAGCUGCAGUGCCCUUGGAACCAAGGUUGGCUCUGGCACCCGUGGGGCCACGAACAGCUAUGCCACCUUCUUCAGAAGGGCCAAGGCUGGCAUCUCCCCGACCCAUCCUGGCUCCACUGUCUACCCGUAGAGGACAGAGAACAACACCUGCCCACCGCAGCUCCAGCCUGGCCCCAACAUCUGUGGGCCAGUUGGUGAUGUCUGCCUCGGCUGGACCGAAGCCUCCACCAGUGACCUCUGGCUCAGUCCUGGCUCCAACAUCCCUGGGACAGCUGGGGAUGUCUGCCUCGGCUGGGUCGAGGCCUCCCCAAGCUACUCUGGGGCCUGGGAUAGAUCCACCAUCCAAGGACCAGAAGCAGGUGCUACCUGCUUCUGUGGGACCCAAGCCAGCACUGGCUGCUUCAGGCCUGAGCCUGGCCCUAGCAUCUGAAGAGCAGCCCUCACAUCUCCCCUCCCCCUCCUCCCCAGUGCCCAGUCCAGUUCUAUCACCCUCUCAGGAACAGGCCCUGGCUGCUGCACCCACACCACCAGCCCUAGCCUCUGAGGGAGGGACACCAGCUAAACAGAGGAAUGCUCCCGCCCCUAGACCUCCCCCUGCUUCUGAAGAGCAUCUCCAGCCUCCAGCUCAGGCAUCUAGUCCCGUGGGUGCCCCAUCUUUGAUCCAAUCCCCUCCGGACCCCCGGUUCUCCUCUUGCUUCAGAGCCCGGCCUGAGGCCCCUCGCAGCAGCCCUGAGGAUCCUGUCCUGCCCCAGCCACCCCAGACCCUGCCUCUGGAUGUGGGCCAGGGCCCUCCAGAGCCUGCCACCCGCUCCCCAGGACUUCUGUCCCCCACCUUCCGACCAGGGGCCCCCUCAGCCCAGACCAUGCCCCCACCUCUCCCCAAGCCACCUCGGUCUCCCAGCCGCUCCCCCAGCCGCUCCCCCUGUGUCCCACCAGCCCCUGAGGUGGCCAUCCCCAGGCCUGGCACCCAGGGUGUAAGGGCUCGUGGGCACCUGAGCCCCAGCCUUCAGCCCCGAGAAACACCAAUCCCAGUCUCCACCUCCCCUUCCAAAUCCACCUCGUCAUCCACCUCUUGGUCAGCCCAGCCUACCUGCAAGAGUGACCCCGGCUUCUGGAUCACUGUGGUCACAUGGAACGUGGGCAGUGCCAUGCCCCCCGAUGACAUCACAUCCCUUCUCCACCUGGGCAGUGCCAGCAGUGAUGGUGAUGGUGCAGACAUGAUCGCCAUAGGGUUGCAGGAAGUGAACUCCAUGAUCAGCAAGCGGCUCAAGGACGCGCUUUUCACGGACCAAUGGAGCGAGCUCUUCAUGGAUGCUCUGGGGCCCUUCAACUUCGUGCUGGUGAGCACUGUGAGGAUGCAGGGCGUCAUCCUGCUGCUGUUCGCCAAGUACUACCACCUGCCCUUCCUGAAGGACGUGCAGACGGACUGCACGCGCACCGGCCUGGGUGGCUACUGGGGCAACAAGGGUGGAGUGAGCGUGCGACUGGCGGCCUUCGGGCACAUGCUCUGCUUCUUGAACUGCCACUUGCCGGCGCAUAUGGACAAGGCGGAGCAACGCAAGGACAACUUUCAGACCAUUCUCAGCCUUCAGCAAUUCCAGGGGCCAGGGGCACAAGGCAUCCUGGAUCACGACCUUGUGUUCUGGUUCGGGGACCUGAACUUCCGGAUCGAGAGCUAUGACCUGCACUUCGUCAAGUUUGCCAUCGACAGCGACCAACUCCACCAGCUCUGGGAGAAGGACCAGCUCAACAUGGCCAAGAACACCUGGCCCAUCCUGAAGGGCUUCCAGGAGGGGCCCCUCAACUUUGCACCCACCUUCAAGUUUGAUGUGGGUACUAACAAAUACGAUACCAGUGCCAAGAAGCGGAAGCCGGCCUGGACAGAUCGUAUCUUGUGGAAAGUCAAGGCUCCAGUUGGGGGUCCCAGCCCCUCAGGACGGGAGAGCCAUCGACUCCAGGUGACCCAGCACAGCUAUCGCAGCCACAUGGAAUACACAGUUAGUGACCACAAGCCAGUGGCUGCCCAGUUUGUCCUGCAGUUUGCCUUCAGGGAUGAUGUGCCCCUGGUGCGGCUGGAGGUGGCAGACGAGUGGGUGCGGCCGGAGCAGGCUGUGGUGAGGUACCGCAUAGAAACGGUGUUCGCCCGCAGCUCUUGGGACUGGAUCGGCUUGUACCGGGUGGGUUUCCGCCACUGCAAGGACUACGUGGCGUAUGUCUGGGCCAAACAUGAGGAUAUGGAUGGGAACAUCUACCAGGUGACAUUCAGUGAGGAGUCACUGCCCAAGGGCCAUGGAGACUUCAUCCUGGGCUAUUAUAGCCACACCCACAGCAUCCUCAUUGGCGUCACUGAGCCCUUCCAGAUCUCGCUGCCUGCCUCAGAGUUGGCCAGCAGCAGCACAGACAGCUCGAGUGCCAGCUCAGAGGACGAGGAUGACAGCACCCUGGAGCUGCUUGCACCCAAGUCCCGCAGCCCCAGCCCUGGCAAGUCCAAGCGACACCGUAGCCGUAGCCCAGGCCUGGCCCGCUUCCCUGGCCUCGCCCUUCGGCCUUCAUCUCGUGACCGCCGUGGUGCCAGCCGCAGCCCCUCGCCCCAGAGCCAUCGCCUGCCCCGGGUGGGCCCCAAUAGGAGCAAUGAUGGCAGUAGCCAGGGAAGUAGUGAGGAGGGGCCCUCUGGGCUGCCUGGUCCCUGGGCCUUCCCGCCAUCUGUGCCUCGAAGUCUGGGCUUGCUGCCUGCCUUGCGCCUGGAGACUGUAGACCUCAGUGGUGGCAGCUUCUGGGGACCUGAUCAGGAGCCCCCAGCCCCCAGCAGCCUGUCUCCUAGUCCCCAGGGCCAGCAGAGGCUGGAGGAAGGGGGCCUGGGGCCCUGAGGCUGGGGUAGGCAGGUGGGCCCAGGUGGCCCCCACUCUGCCCCAAUCUUCUGCAAACCCACCUGCCUCCCUCUUGCUACUGUUCCAGCUUUAUCUACACCUGCCACUCUCUCCUGGCCAGGGGUGGCCAUCUGGGGUCCCCCAAACUCGGUCCUGGCACCUCAACUGUGACAAUCAGCAAAGCCCUAUCUGGCUCCCAUCCGGGAUGGGGAGGAAGAGGCAAUCCUGGAGGUCACCA